AUGGCAAUCAUCGGAUCGGCCAUUACUCUUCCGCAGAAUGAUAUGUCGACCGCAUUGAAUGACACUGCAUCUUUGAAUAAACCGCUAGAAGCGGUAGCCUCCGAUGAUUCAUCCGUGGGACUAACGGUGGAUGAUGCAGCGGUCGAUCUUGCCCAGGUUAAUGACGCGGACAGUAAUGUCGAGCAAUCGGUUCGUCAGAAGCGUCAGUUCGGAAUUGGAUUAGGCGGACUUGGUGUCGAAUUGGGUCUGGUCGGUGGAACGGGCUUCGGGUAUCCUGGCUAUGGUGGUUAUCCUGGCUAUGGAGGACCUGGCUACGGAUAUGGAGGUUAUGGAGGAUAUGGUGGAUAUGGAGGAUAUGGUGGAUAUAGAGGAUAUGGAGGAUACGGAGGCUAUAGAGGUUACAGAGGAUAUGGUGGAUAUCGUCCUUACCGUAAAUGGUAA